AUGUCUCCGACGGCGUUGAACCCGGACGAGGCCAAAGGGCACCAUGACUCCUUUACCCUUCCCGCUGUGCGGAAUGGGCAUGGGGGGUUCAAGGCGGAGGAGGUACAUGCGAGCGCGGCGAGAGCGCCGGAGGGAGGGAGGUUCAGGGUGGAGAGUGAGAACACGACGUAUGAGGCGGAUGGGAUCCGGUCGAGGUUUGUUGAUCGGGGAGCGGAGGUGAUUCGCGGGGAGGAUGGCAAGUAUACUGUCAAGAAGACGGAGACGGCAUACGAGUUCUUCACCAAGAGUCGAGUUGGCAAAGUCGGCCUCCUCCUGGUUGGUCUAGGCGGUAACAACGGCACCACGACGCUCGCGACCCACCUCGCCAACAAACACAAUAUCUCCUGGCACACCAAGUCCGGCGUCCAGACGCCCAACUAUAUCGGCUCGCUCGUACGCGCCUCAACGGUCCGGCUCGGCACCGACAGCGAGACGGGCAAGGACGUGCACAUCCCCAUGGGAGACAUGCUGCCCAUGGUGCACCCCGAUGACUUUGUGAUUGGCGGGUGGGACAUCAGUGGGAUGCGGAUGGACAAGGCGAUGGAGAGGGCGCAGGUGCUCGAUUGGGACUUGCAGAGGCAGUUGGGGGUGUAUAUGAAGGAUAUCAAGCCGAUGCCUGGUAUUUACUACCCCGACUUUAUCGCGGCCAACCAAGCCGACCGAGCCGACAACCUCCUCCCCGGCUCAGACAAGCAGGCUCACCUCGAGCACCUGCGCUCCGACAUCCGCGGCUUCAAGGCCACGCACGACCUCGACAACCUCGUCGUCCUCUGGACGGCCAACACGGAACGAUACGCCGAGAUCAUCCCCGGCGUUAACGAUACCGCCGAUAAUCUCCUCGCGGCAAUCAAGGCGAGCCAUGACGAAGUCUCGCCAUCCACGAUCUUUGCGGUAGCGGCCAUUCUGGAGGGCGUACCGUUCAUCAAUGGGUCCCCGCAGAAUACGUUUGUUCCGGGCUGUAUGGAGCUGGCGGAGCGGCACCAGAGCUUUAUUGGGGGCGACGAUUUCAAGUCGGGCCAGACCAAGGUGAAGAGCGUGCUGGCCGAGUUCUUGGUCAAUGCGGGUAUCAAGCCGUUGAGCAUUGCUUCGUACAACCACCUUGGGAACAACGAUGGGAAGAAUCUUUCUUCGCACGCCCAGUUCCGGUCCAAGGAGAUCUCCAAGUCCUCCGUCGUGGACGAUAUGGUCGCUGCCAACCCGAUCCUCUACAAGACGGCCGCGCAACUUACGGCCAAGACAGGCGAGGUGCACAAGAAGGGGGAACACCCGGAUCAUAUCGUGGUCAUCAAGCAUGUGCCUGCUGUGGGGGACUCCAAGAGGGCGAUUGAUGAAUAUUACUCGGAGUUGCUCAUGGGUGGUCGGAACGUCAUGAACAUCUUCAACGAAUGCGAAGACUCCCUCCUCGCCACCCCCCUCAUAUUCGACCUCGCCAUCCUCGCCGAGCUCCUCACGCGCAUCACCUACCGCCAGCUCCCCGCUCCCAAUGCUGCCGAGACCGAGACCGAGACCGAGUUCAAACCCCUCUAUAGCGUCCUCUCGCUCCUCAGCUUCAUGCUCAAGGCGCCGCUCGUCAAGCCGGGCACGGACGUCGUCAAUAGUUUGAACAGGCAAAGGAAUGGGCUGGAGGCGUUUUUGAAGGCGUGUGUGGGGCUGGAGGGGAGUGGGGAUUUGAUGCUCAACACGAGGGUGUGGUAG